UAAGAGUCUGUACCCUGCCACUAGUUCUCUAAGCUGCUGAAAACAAGGAUAAGAUAUAAGAAUGCCUGGAGAUGAGCCACUUUCUUUGAGACCACUUCCCUCAGCCAUACAAAAAGUUGCAGUCUAUGAAACCAGGCUGUGGAUGUAUGUGGUUGGAUCUACUCAUGAUGGUCGAUGCUGUCGUGUAUUAAAGUUCUCACGGGCCAUUCCACCGUCUGGACGAGCCACCCUGGAGGUACAGGAGGAUGAAACGGAGUACUCCAGCAAACAAGUGAAGGAGCUGCUCAUCAUGCUUGAUGGAGGCAACAAAACGUCUGCUAAUAAACACAAAACUCACGGACUAAAGCAGGUAGCAUCAGCAUUUGGAAUUGUUGGCUGCAUGUGUUUCCUGGAAGGUUACUACUUAGUUCUCGUCACAAAGAGAAAACCGAUGGCACUGAUUGGAGGUCAUAUGAUCUACAAGAUUGAGGACACCAUGAUUUUGCCAAUCAGCAACUUGACCAACAGACCGUCAAACCCAAAUGAGGCAAAAUAUCUAAAGGUGUUCCAGAACCUGGAUCUCUCCAGCAACUUCUACUUCAGUUACUCAUACGACCUCACGCUCUCCCUCCAGUCUCAGAUGAGGACCAACCCCGGACCACUCCCCUCUCCCUGUCGCAAGUUUAUCUGGAAUGACCACCUCCUCAGUCGCUUUGAGGACAUAGCACACCCAAAGUGGGUCCUACACAUCAUUCAUGGAUUUGUUGGCCAAUUCAAUGUGUCAGUGUAUGGUCGCCCGAUGUACCUCACCAUGAUUGCACGGCGCUCCAAAGAGUUUGCCGGCACUCGUUUCCUCAAGCGAGGGGCUAACGACGAGGGGCAUGUGGCUAACGAAGUGGAGGUGGAGCAGAUCGUUUAUGAUGCCACGUCCAGUCUCCAUGCCAAUGGGAGGUACACGUCGUACGUCCAGAUGAGAGGUUCAGUGCCGUCAUUUUGGUCUCAAGACCUGGCAGGCAUGAGACCAAAGCCACAAAUUACAAUUGAUCGAGCCACACCAUUUGGUACACCCGCUGGGCUCCACUUUGCAGCAUGUCUGAGGAGAUUUGGAUCACCAGUUAUCUGUCUCAAUCUGGUCAAGAAGAAGGAGAAGCGAAAGAGAGAGUCUUUCCUCACAGAGGAGCUACUGUCCUCCAUCACCUACCUCAACCAGUUCUUACCACCCGAACACCACAUUCGCUAUGAGCACAAAGAUAUGGCCAGGAUCAGCAAAAGCAAAACGCUAAACCUGAUUGAGAUUCUGGAGAAGAUAGCUGACGAGUCCAUCAAGGCCACUGGGUUCUUCCACAGCGGCCCAGAGCUACACUGCAUUCAGCUCCACCCACAUCCUGAUUACCAGGAGCUAGGAGGUUAUGGCUAUCUGGAUGGCUACGUGGGACUGGAUCAGACUGGAGUGCUGAGAGUCAACUGUGUCGACUGUCUGGACAGGACCAACACUGUCCAGUUCAUGGCUGGCAAGUGUGCCCUUGGUUACCAGCUCUACUCUCUAGGGCUACUGGCUGAGCCGAAAGUACCAUUCGAUUGUGAUAUUAUGAGAGUUCUGGAGGAGGUGUAUGAAGACCUUGGCGACACUCUGGCCAUUCAGUAUGGAGGCUCUCAGCUGGUGCACAGGAUACAAACCUAUCGCAAGAUAGCCCCAGUUGCCACUCACGGCAGAGAUCUUUAUCAGACCAUUCACAGAUACUAUCGGAAUGCAUUCACAGAUGCUGACAAGCAGAUGGCCAUCAAUGUCUUCCUAGGGGUCUUCCAGCCAAACGAUGGUGACCAGAACAUUUGGGACCUCUCUACUGACUACUAUCUCCAUCACACAAAUGCUCGUGAGCUCCCCAAGACCCACUACAUGCCUCGGCACACCAAGUGGUGGGACGAUGAGAUCAUCCAGUCCCUACCCCUCCCCCUUUAUCACAGCCAAAAGGAGCCAGAGAGCAAGUCUGCUGCUAGCUCUUGUGAGAGCAAGGGCCUCUACCCAGUGGACAGCUUUGACGAGGUGUACAAACCAUCAGAACUGACUGAUUUUGACUCUAUGUUUGGGAGAAACUUGACUAGGACGUCUGAACAUGAUAUGGCUGAUGUCAGUCCAUUUGUUGUGAGAGCCAAGUCCACAAAGAAACUGACUCGUAAGGCAUGGCGUCCGGCCCCCGUGGCUGCACCCAACCCCCCGCCUAACCUGGAGGAGGAGGACUCAGAGACUAGCGAGGAAUCUGAUGAAGAAGAGGGAAAGGUCUCCUCCCUCUCAGUACGCGAAAGGAGGCACCCCAUCGCCAGAAUGCUCACUCAGCAAUCUAUCAAGGAGCUCCCAACAACUAAAGAAGUAUACGGCUUUGAGCUCCAGGAACCGUUACCUCGGGAUAUGUAUCUCUAUCAAAGAUAUGCUGACAUCUAUAAGACGGCAUGCACUCCAUCUUUGGACGAGGAUCCUGGUUUGACCUCUGACUGUGUAAACCGAGAUAUAUCUCUAUGGGAACCAACCUACGACUAUGGCACUGACAGUGUAUUUGGUGUGGCUAUACCUGUGGUAUCAGAGGACUCAAACAGACAGUAUGAGGCCAGUGUAAAAAUUGCGACAAUGGGACCUCUGCCGAUAUCUCAGCAAUCAGAGAACAUGUAUGAAGAGUACGCUGACGAGUACAAGAGAAUGUAUUUAGCAGAGGACUAGACCACCAUUAUUAUUAUAUGUGACAGUGUGUGCGUCUGUGUGUAAUAUUUAUUGUUUGUGUGGAUCUAUGCUAUAGUCUAGCAUGACUGUGUGUGAUAAUAAUUUUUAUGCGUCA